AUGGUAUUGCUGUGUAUGUUUAUGUUUGCUGGAGGUUUCAGAUAUACAUUGAUGAUGAGUAAGCAACGAAUGGCAGAAGUCUACUCUGCCGAUCAGAAUCGUUUCUUGUUGCCUUUGGAGUAUCUUAACAAUGAAAUAAUUCGAGAGCUAUUCGACAUGGCAGAAGACGUGUUUGGAUUGCCUAGCAACGGACGUCUGCGUUACCAUAAUGGUGCAAGAGAGGUAGAACAAUCCUUGUUGAUUUCCAUAGCUAGCAGUUGUUCAUUAUCAUUACAUCAAUCAACAAUCAACCAGUUACCAAUUUGUAGCUUUUAA